AUCCCUCCGCGGGAGAGAAGCGCGCGGCCCUUUCCCUCCCGACAGCACGCGAUGAUCGGGCGGCGCUGAAUCUCGAGACGCGAGUCUGCUUACCGGCACCGUGAACCUCUCCCCGGACCACCGAGGGACCCUCCGCGCCCAGCGAACCCGCCCCGUGCCCGGCACCGACCGAGAUCCGUGGAAGAAAAUAAUCCGGCUGUGGGCGCUGCGCGGCAACCGAACCCGUCCGAGUGAAGCCGACAGGCGGCCGAAAGUGUCCGAGCGAAGACGAGAGGCAGCCGCGGGACGGAAUGGAGCUCAUCACUAUCCUUGAAAAAACCGUCUCUCCAGAUCGGAAUGAACUGGAGGCGGCUCAGAAGUUUCUGGAGCAGGCGGCCAUCGAGAACCUGCCCACCUUCCUGGUGGAGUUGUCUCGGGUCUUGGCGAACCCCGGGAACACCCAGGUGGCUCGUGUGGCCGCCGGCCUGCAGGUGAAGAAUUCCCUCACGUCCAAAGAUCCCGACGUGAAGACGCAGUACCAGCAGAGAUGGCUCGCCAUCGACGCCAACGCCCGUCGAGAGAUCAAGAACUACGUCUUACAGACUCUGGGCACGGAGACGUACCGGCCCAGCUCGGCCUCGCAGUGCGUCGCCGGCAUCGCCUGCGCGGAGAUCCCCGUCAACCAGUGGCCCGAACUGAUCCCGCAGCUGGUCGCCAACGUCACCGACCCGUCCAGCACCGAGCACAUGAAGGAGUCCACGCUGGAGGCCAUCGGAUACAUCUGCCAGGACAUCGACCCCGAGCAGCUGCAGGAGAACGCCAACCAGAUCCUGACGGCCAUCAUCCAGGGCAUGAGGAAGGAGGAGCCCAGCAACAACGUGAAGCUGGCCGCCACCAACGCGCUGCUCAACUCGCUGGAGUUCACCAAGGCCAACUUCGACAAGGAGACGGAGCGACACUUCAUCAUGCAGGUGGUGUGUGAGGCCACGCAGUGUCCGGACACCAGGGUGCGAGUCGCCGCCCUCCAGAACCUGGUGAAGAUCAUGUCGCUCUACUAUCAGUACAUGGAGACGUACAUGGGCCCGGCGCUGUUCGCGAUCACCAUCGAGGCCAUGAAGAGCGACAUCGACGAGGUGGCGCUGCAGGGCAUCGAGUUCUGGUCCAACGUCUGCGACGAGGAGAUGGAUCUCGCCAUCGAGGCCUCAGAGGCCUCGGAGCAGGGCCGGCCCCCGGAGCACACCAGUAAAUUCUACGCCAAGGGGGCCCUGCAGUACCUGGUCCCCAUCCUCACCCACACGCUCACCAAGCAGGACGAGAACGACGACGACGACGACUGGAACCCCUGCAAAGCGGCCGGCGUGUGCCUGAUGCUGCUCGCCACCUGCUGCGAGGACGACGUGGUGCCGCACGUGCUGCCCUUCAUCAAAGAGCACAUCAAGCACCCGGACUGGCGCUACCGCGACGCCUCCAUCAUGGCGUUCGGCUCCAUCCUGGAGGGACCCGAGCUCAACCAGCUCAAGCCGCUGGUUCAGCAGGCGAUGCCCACCCUGAUCGAGCUGAUGAAGGACCCCAGCGUGGUGGUGAGGGACACCACGGCGUGGACGGUGGGCCGCAUCUGCGAGCUGCUGCCGGAGGCGGCCAUUAACGAGGUGUACCUGGCGCCGCUGCUGCAGUGCCUGAUCGAGGGCCUGGGGGCGGAGCCCCGGGUGGCGUCCAACGUGUGCUGGGCCUUCUCCUCUCUGGCGGAGGCGGCGUACGAGGCCACGGACGCGGCGGAGGACCAGGAGGAGCCCAGCACCUACUGCCUGUCCUCGUCCUUCGAGAUCAUUGUCCAGAAGCUGCUGGAGACGACAGACAGGCCCGACGGGCACCAGAACAACCUGCGCUCGGCCGCCUACGAGGCUCUGAUGGAGAUUGUGAAGAACAGCGCCAAGGACUGCUACCCGGCGGUCCAGAAGACCACGCUGGUCAUCAUGGAGAGGCUGCAGCAGGUCCUGCAGAUGGAGUCGCACAUUCAGAGCACAUCAGACCGGAUUCAGUUCAACGACCUGCAGUCGCUGCUGUGCGCCACUUUACAGAACGUGCUGAGGAAGGUGCAGCACCAGGACGCCCUGCAGAUCUCCGACGUGGUGAUGGCGUCCCUCCUGCGGAUGUUUCAGAGCACAGCGGGCUCCGGGGGCGUGCAGGAGGACGCCCUGAUGGCCGUUUCCACGCUGGUCGAAGUUCUGGGCAGCGACUUCCAGAAAUACAUGGAUGCCUUCAAACCUUUCCUGGGUAUCGGGCUGAAGAACUACGCCGAGUAUCAGGUGUGUCUGGCUGCGGUGGGUCUGGUGUGCGACCUGUGCAGAGCUCUGAUGUCCAACAUCCUGCCUUACUGUGACGAGAUCAUGCAGCUGCUGCUGGAGAACCUCGGGAAUGAGAACGUGCACCGGUCGGUGAAGCCUCAGAUCCUCUCUGCGUUUGGAGACAUCGCUCUGGCCAUCGGAGGGGAGUUCAAGAAGUAUCUGGAUAUCGUGUUGGACACACUGCAGCAGGCCUCCCAGGCCCAGGUCGACAAGACGGACUACGACAUGGUGGACUACCUGAACGAGCUGAGGGAGGGCUGCCUGGAGGCGUACACCGGCAUCAUCCAGGGCCUGAAGGGAGACCAGGAGAACGUCCACCCGGACGUGAUGCUGGUCCAGCCCCGGGUGGAGUUCAUCCUGUCCUUCAUCCACCACAUAGCGGAGGACGAGGACCACUCGGACGGGGUGGUGGCCAACGCAGUGGGACUCAUCGGCGACCUGUGCACAGCGUUCGGUAAAGACGUGAUGAAGCUGGUGGAGGUCCGGCCGCUCAUCAACGACCUGCUGACGGAGGGCCGGCGCUCCAAAACCAACAAGACCAAGACCCUGGCCACCUGGGCCACCAAGGAGCUGCGCAAGCUGAAGAGCCAGGCCUGGUCAGAACACACACACACACACACACACACACACACACGGCUCUGUGAUGAGAAAUCAUGCACCACUCUGACAGAGUGAUGGAUAACACACUCUCUGAGAUCCCCUUCUCUUGCUCACACACACACACUUCCUCCCUCUCUGACAUCACUUCCUGUUAAAAACCAGGUUCCGGCGUUGCAGGCGGUCGCCGUUCAUGUUUGCUUUUUGCGUGUAAAUUUUUAAAGCUGCCGUUUCUCACACAAAGUAGUAACACUGAAAACAAGUCAUUCAUGCAAGAGUCACGGGGCGGCCAUUUUGGAUGACAUCAUCAAUCUCCCAUGAUUCUCAGUUCCCCUCAGUUGUGAUUUUGGAGUGUUAGGAUGCAUAUUCAUGACUUUGAGUUUCAUUUCAGAAAACAGUUUCCCUUGCUGUGCCUUGACCUGGAAAAACAAAUGUUUAAACUAUUUCCUGAUUAUUUAAACAAAAUGAAUGCGAGAGUUUACAUUCCGAUGGGCGGAGUUCACUUUACGCCGGUGGCAUCUCCUGGUUUCCGUUUGGGCCAGUCUUCUUCGACGCUGCAUUUAUCAGCCGAUCGUUCAACUUCUUCCACUCAAAAUGAAGACAGAGGUUUGUAAUGUUCAUCAGAGCCACGCUUGAACUGUGUGACAGAAUGUGGGGGAAAAAAAUCCAGGAAAUCACAAUCAAAAUUGUGGGAUUUUGAAAGAAUUUAUGGUGGGAAAUAAGCAUUCGGUCAUUUACAAGAGUUCAGUUCAAUACUUUGUCACUGCCAUCAAUGGUCAUACUACAGACACUUUGCCCGCUGGUGUGUUUGGGAUCACUGUCAUUCUGGAGGAUCCAAGGUUUUAUGUUGUGGUUCAUAACAGGAAGUGACAUCAUUCUGAGGGGCGGAGCUUAAAGCCGUGCCAUACAGUCAAAGGAAGGCUGAAUUCGUCCUAACUGUACCCCCCCACCCCCACCCCUCCCCCCUGUGUUUCAGAUGGUUGCCGUGGCAGCACACAGUUUGUAGAGAAUCUGAGACAUCCGACUGGAACGAGCUCGUGUUGUUUGUCGGUCGCAGAGCGUUUGAGCUGAUGAAUGUCUGUGUGAGAGAGAGAGAGCGAGUGAGAGAGAGAGAGAGAGAGAGACGCGUGUGAGCGAGCGAGCGAGAGACCAUGACAUCCCCCCCUCCCUCCCCUCCUCCCCCCCAGGACAGGACUCUGACUCCCCACCCCUCCAAACAAACAACGUCCUCCCACAAUCCACCUCUCUCGCCGUGUAGCUGGGCUCUCCUACGACAUCACAGAGGCGUCACGGCCUCGCCGCCCCCCCGCCGUGCCGGGGGAGGAGGGGAUGACAAACCUGACGAAACCGGACUUUCUGGGAGUGAGCGGCGAGCCGAGCGACUCGGUGGACGACAACUUCUUCUGUGGAAAGUUUUUUUUUUUUUUUUUGGCUCUUAUUUUUCUUUUUACUUUUUUUUUUUUUUUUUCCUAAAACUCGUCACUAAAUCGUCGGAGGAGACGAGACGGCGAGCGCCGCCGCCGCCCGCUCAGUUUCCCACGCUCUCGUCCAAUCAACGGCAGCACUAAAUUCCCUCAGAACGAAAGCGGGGCAGCGUGCGGAGGAGUGCCAAACGGGGACGGCGAGCACUGCGGGCAGGCAGGCAGGCAGGCAGGCAGGCGGGCGGCUCGUGUUUUUUUGGGAACGGGUCUCACACCAUUUUUGCUUGUUUGAAACAUUCAGUGAAUUGAAGACAUUUGUAAAAGGUUCUAUUUUUCCAUUGCUGAUGAAAAGUGAAACAAUAAAGUGCUAUGAAACAUUCCCCCGCCGUUCUUCCUGUCGUCUGUCGGACUCCUGGACUCGGAACUUUGGGACUCUGCUGAUUGGACGCUGAACUCUUGGCCGCCGCCCACUGUCGGUUUGUUUACUCAACGCCACAAAGAACCAUGAUUUUUGUCCUUUUUUUUUCCUUUUUUUUUUUUUUUUUUUUUUUUUUAA